AAUAAUAGUAACUAAACCAUACAAAAAUAAUUCUAUACACACACUCUUAGAUACAUAUACAUAUUUUUAGUUGCAUUCCAUAUCCACACCUCCAUUGCCCUUAAUUCUAGCCUGAUUACAAAUGAGUGGAACCUCCGGUGAUGGAAACAAUGCGGCAGCAGCUGCAAAGAAGAAAGGCAAGGCAAAAGUGAGCCGAACAUCUAUGAUAUUAUGGCAUGCUCAUCAAAAUGAUGCAUCAGCGGUGAGAAAGCUGUUGCAGGAAGAUCGGAUGCUUGUUCUAGCUAGGGAUUAUGAUCAUCGUACUCCACUGCAUGUAGCUUCACUUCAUGGUUGGAUUGAGGUUGCCAAAUGCUUACUUGAGUUCGGUGCAGAUGUUAAUUGUCAAGAUCGCUGGAAAAACACUCCUUUAGCAGAUGCAGAAGGAGCUAAAAAGCAUCAGAUGAUUGAGUUAUUGAAGUCCUAUGGCGGUCUAUCUUAUGGUCAAAAUGGUAGCCAUUUUGAACCAAAGCCUGUUGCACCUCCUUUACCUAAUAAAUGUGACUGGGAAGUGGAGCCCACUGAACUGGACUUCUCAAGUGCGAUCAUUAUUGGAAAGGGGUCCUUUGGCGAGAUUCUGAAAGCAUUUUGGCGUGGAACACCUGUAGCUGUGAAGAGAAUUCUUCCAAAUCUUUCAGAUGACAGAUUAGUGAUUCAGGACUUCAGGCAUGAGGUGAAUUUGCUCGUUAAGCUUCGCCACCCUAAUAUUGUGCAAUUUCUUGGAGCAGUUACAGAAAGGAAACCACUAAUGUUAAUUACUGAAUACUUACGAGGGGGUGAUCUUCAUCAAUAUCUAAAGGAGAAGGGCGCGCUUAGUCCAGCAGUAGCAGUUAGCUUUGCAUUAGACAUUGCCAGAGGUAUGGCUUAUCUUCAUAAUGAGCCUAAUGUUAUAAUUCACAGAGACUUAAAACCAAGAAAUGUACUUCUGGUUAACUCAAGUGCCGAACAUCUAAAAGUCGGGGACUUCGGACUAAGCAAGCUUAUCAGGGUUCAACAUUCUCAUGAUGUAUACAAAAUGACUGGCGAGACCGGAAGUUAUCGGUACAUGGCACCCGAAGUUUUUAAGCACCGUAAAUAUGAUAAGAAGGUCGAUGUUUUUUCUUUUGCAAUGAUACUCUACGAGAUGUUGGAAGGUGAACCACCGUUAGCGGGCUAUGAACCUUACGAAGCAGCCAAAUAUGUAGCUGAAGGACACAGACCCACGUUUAAGGCCAAAGGUUUUAGUCCUGAGCUAAAAGACCUGACAGACAACUGCUGGAAAGCUGAUAUGAACAAAAGACCUUCUUUCAUUGAGAUUCUGAAGAGGCUAGAAAGAAUCAGGGACGCGCUUCCCACAGAUCAUCACUGGAGCUUAUUUUCUUAACAUAUGAGUUAGCGUAGAGAAAUAUGGAAGUCAACAAAGUCGAUGUUGUAAUUCAAGUGAAGAUUUGUGGUGACUGAUCUUUAUCGAAAUUCUUCUUAAUAGUGGUGGUGAUGGAUGUAGUGGUUGAGAUUGUAGGCUAAAAUUCGUGAUUGUAGGGAAAAAAAAAUAGGAUUAUUCUACAAGUC